AUGGGUGACUCUCUCAUCCACCAGGAGUAUGGCCGCACCCGUGUGCAAUGGCUGGCCUCGCUCAACACCGAGUACCACCCGCCGACCCAGUUUCGCCGGACCAGCAUCAUCUGCACCAUUGGCCCCAAGACCAACUCGGCAGAGAAGAUCAACAUGCUCCGCACCGCCGGUCUCAACGUCGUCCGCAUGAACUUCUCCCACGGCAGCUACGAGUACCACCAGUCGGUCAUUGACAACGCCCGCAAGGCAGAGAAGGAGCAGGCAGGUCGUCCAGUUGCUAUUGCUCUGGACACCAAGGGCCCAGAGAUCCGAACUGGCAACACGCCUGGUGACGAGGACAUCCCCAUCUCCGCCGGCAGCGAGAUCAACAUCACCACCGAUGACAAGUAUGCCACCGCCAGCGACAACAAGAACAUGUACGUCGACUACAAGAACAUCACCAAGGUCAUUGAGAAGGGACGUACCAUCUACGUCGACGACGGUGUCCUCGCAUUUGAGGUGCUGGAGGUGACCGACGACAAGACGCUCAAGUGCAAGGCGAUCAACAAUGGCAAGAUCAGCAGCAAGAAGGGUGUCAACCUUCCCAAGACGGACGUUGAUCUGCCAGCUCUGUCAGAGAAGGACAAGGCCGACUUGAGGUUUGGUGUCAAGAACCGGGUCGACAUGGUCUUCGCCAGCUUCAUCCGCCGCGCUGAGGACAUCACCGCCAUCCGCGAAGUUCUCGGCGACGAGGGCAAGGACAUCCAGAUCAUUGCCAAGAUUGAGAACCAGCAGGGUGUCAACAACUUCGACGAGAUCCUCAAGGUCACUGACGGCGUCAUGGUUGCUCGUGGUGACUUGGGCAUUGAGAUCCCACCAGCUCAGGUUUUCAUUGCCCAAAAGAUGAUGAUCACGAAGUGCAACAUUGCCGGCAAGCCCGUCAUUUGCGCAACUCAGAUGCUGGAGAGCAUGACCUACAACCCACGCCCAACGCGUGCCGAAGUCAGCGACGUUGGCAACGCUGUGCUGGAUGGUGCCGACUGCGUCAUGCUUUCAGGAGAGACCGCCAAGGGCAACUACCCCAAGGAGGCUGUCACCAUGAUGCACGAGACGUGCUUGCUUGCGGAGAUAGCAAUUCCGUACGUCAACGCCUACGACGAGCUCAAGCAGCUCGCCCCACGACCUGUGCCAACCACGGAGAACUGCGCCAUGGCUGCUGUGUCUGCAUCCCUCGAGCAGAAUGCUGGUGCCAUUCUCGUCCUGACCACCUCGGGUAACACUGCCCGUCUCAUCUCCAAAUACCGCCCAGUCUGCCCCAUCAUCAUGGUCACCCGAAACGGCGCCGCCUCCCGCUACUCUCACCUCUACCGCGGCGUAUACCCCUUCCACUACGACGUCGAGAAGCCCGACUUCAAGGCCACCCCAUGGCAAGAGGACGUGGACAACCGACUGAAGUGGGGAAUCAAGAACGCCAUCCGUCUUGGCGUGCUCAAGAAGGGCGCCGCAGUCAUUUGCGUUCAGGGCUGGCGAGGCGGCAUGGGCCACACCAACACCCUGCGUGUGGUGCCCGCCGAGGACGAUCUGGGACUGGACCAGAAUGCUUAG